CAUUCAGCUCUCUGAUCAAACAACAGCCUGAACAAUGAACGCGUCCGACUAAAGACUGUUAGCCUACAUGCUAACAGCUAGCGUCAGUGCGACAGUUGCUUUACGGUUAACAGCUGAUUGCAGCGGAGACGGAAGAGAAAGAAAGUGCGCAUCUUAAAAUCAGAGAGACACCGAGUGAUUUAUACAGACAAACAGACAGAUUUCUGAUUCAUAACUGAUACCAGGAGCCAUCGGAGGACAGAUGAACUGUGCAGCCGCAGAACUGAGGAUCAUGUUUAGUCCGGGGAACGUGCAGCUGGUUCAGGACGAGGAGAUGGUCCCGUCUCGGAGGGUCCUGGUUACCGGAGCGACGGGUCUUCUGGGUCGAGCCAUCUGCAGAGAGUUUCAGGCCAACGGCUGGUCAGUGGUCGGAACUGGAUUCAGAAGAGCUCGACCACGAUUCCUCCGCUGUGACCUGACGGAUGAGGACGCUGUCAGAGGACUACUGCAGGAAUACAAGCCUGAAGUCAUCGUCCACUGUGCAGCCGAGCGACGUCCAGACGUUGUGGAGAGACACACUGAAGCAGCUGUUAACCUGAACGUACACGCCACCGGCACUCUGGCUAAGGAGGCAGUGGCAUGCGGAGCGUUCUUCCUCUACAUCAGCACCGACUACGUGUUUGACGGAAGGAACCCUCCAUACGGAGAAGACGACUGUCCAAAUCCUCUCAACGUUUAUGGACGGAGCAAACUGGAGGGGGAGAGGGAGACGCUGCGGCACUGUCCAGGUACAUGUCCAGGGGCGGUGGUUCUGCGAGUGCCGGUUCUGUUCGGGGAGGUGGAGUCGGUGACGGAAAGCGCCGUCACGACGCUGUGGCUGAAGGUCCAACAGGCGACGGAGGAGAGCUGCACGGUCGAUCACUGCGACCAGAGGUUUCCCACCGACGCCCGCGACGUCGCCACCGUCUGCAGGAAACUCUCCGAGAGAGCGAGACAGGACCCGUCCAUCAGAGGAGUCUUUCAUUUCUCAGCUAAAGAGCAGAUGACUAAAUAUGAGAUGUCCGUGGCCAUCGCUCAGGCCUUCAACCUCCCGUCCAGUCACCUCAUACCUCUGACGGAGCAGCCGGCCGACGCCGCUGUUCGACCAGUCAACUGUCAGUUGAACUGUUCUCGCUUGGAGCUGCUGAACCUCAGUGUAGAAACACGACCCUUCACUUCUGCCAUCGCCGACUGUCUGUGGCCAUUCACACCUGACAAACGCUGGAGACAGACCGUCUUCCACUGAGACAGACACAAGCAGAGAGGGACAGCUUAAGUAUAACAUAUAAUUAUAUAAUUAACAUAAUUAUGUCCAGGUUUAAUCAGCUCGUAUGUUGGAGGUGUCCUGAUUUCUGGUUGCGUGAUUCUUCCUUAUGUCCUUGUUUGACAACUGUCAGAUGAAAAGAUAUUUCUCAUUGUUUCCUGUAAACCUUGAUGUGAACAGAUGUUAUAAAUAUACGUAAUAAAAUAUACCAUAUACAUCACA